AUGGCGGAUUCCUUCGAGCGUGGCGCUGGGAAGCCUGCCUCAGCCGGUCCCAGCACUUCCAGCGGAGCCAGGAGGAAGGAAAGAAGAGUACCAGGUGGAAAAGUGGUUGAGUCCCGCUACUUGGACUACGAGAAGAAAACAACCAGGAAGCAGGCUCCUGCAACAGAUUCCUUAAAGACCGGCGGGAACACACCUGGAGGUGGAAAGAGACCCAGCCAGCUCCAGAAAAGCAAAGAUCGCAGUGGGGGCGGAAAGGGCGACCUGCAGUCCACGUUGCUGGAAGGGCACGGCUCGGCCCCACCUGACCUGGAUCUCUCUGCCAUUAACGAGAAAAGUACCGUCAGAAAGACUCCACAAUUAGAAAAAACAACGUCAGAGAAAACGGAGUCGACGUCAUUUUCUGCCCCUCGGAAAAAGAGCCCAAGCUUGUCGGAAGAGAUGGAGAUGAUGGAGUCCCAGACGCUGCUGCUGACUCUGCUGGCGGUAAAGAUGGAGAACGGUCUUGCUCGGUUCGAAGAAGAGGCGGAAAAACAUUUACUAAAACUGUGCGAAGAGAAGGAGGACCUACAGAAAAAGACGCACGAGCUGAAGCGCAGACUUCUCCUCUGUCGGAAGAAGCGGGAGCUGGAGGAGGCCCUUGACGCCCAGAUCGAGAUGCUCAGUCCCUUUGAGGCAGUGGCCGAACGCUUCAAGGAACAGUACAAGACGUUCGCCACGUCUGAACUGAAGACCACUCAGAAACUCCUGGAAGAUCUUGGCAUUGGCAAUUCAGAAGAAAACGUCCAGGUGCUGGACUUACUGGGCGAACUCAAGGACAUGGCUGUGGAAAAGGACCUUGAGCUCCGAAGAAAAAAGCCAGAUCAAAUUAAGUGUAAGGUUCUAGUACAGGGGACAGAAGCCUUCAAAAAGGUUGAGGAGCAACAAGACAGGUCUAAGAACCCCGUCUUGCCAUCAGAAGAAAACUCCCAUGUUGAAGAUGCCCUUUGGGAAGCCGUGACAGCAGCUCCAGCUGUGGCUGCAGCUCUGAUUUCUUUCAGACCCUCUCCUGACCCUCCUGCCCGCCUCGUGACUGUGGACCCCUUUCUUCACCCCUGCUGA